AUGGGUAACGAAAAAACAACUAGAAGAAGAGUAUACGAUGUUUUGAAUGUAUUUUUAGCAGCAGGAUUGAUUACAAAAGAAUCAAAAAAUAUUUAUUACGCAAAACAAGGUUUCAUACAAAAAGUUCCCCAAAUACCUCAAGAAGAUCAAGAACUAUGUAACAGAUGCGAACAACUAAAGGAAAGUGUUAUUAGAAAACUCAAAGCAUAUCUCUUAUAUCGAUCCUUAGUCGAAAGAAACCAGACAAAGAUCAGACCAUCAGGAUCUGUUCAGCUCCCUGCAAUCUUCGUAGAAUUUCCUACAGAUAAAGGAGUUUCUGAACUCUCGCUUGAUCAAAAAACUCUCGAAAUUAACGCAGAGCAACAUCCUACAUUUUAUUCUCCAGUUGAUAUUCUGAGCAAUAUCAACUUAAAUAUUGAAAUGCAGCGAGACUUAGUUAAAAGAACGCCCAUCAUUUCAAAGUUAGAACCUUAUGUUUUCCCAGAGCCUGUCCAGCCACAAUUCCAAAUUGAUAAAACUCUUAAGUACAAAAUUUAUAAUGCUGGUGCUUCACAAAGGACCGAUCUGAAUCCUAUACUAGCCCAAAAGAAUUUUGUUCAGUAA